UGUCCAGCGCUGUCUAAAGUGUGGUGAUGCUGAAUUUAUGACCUGCAUCCUCAUCUGUAUUAAGCUUCCAGCCUGCAGUGUCGCCCCGCUGCCGCUGGGGUCGCUGUAGGGCAGCCUGAUCUGUGCGCAUAGGAUUUGAAUGGACGCUGUUUUAUUGUAGCGCCCCGUUUAUAACACCUCAUGAAAAAUACAUAGACGUGUCCAUUCCUUUACGGUCAGCAAAUCAGAGCAGCUGCUGUCCAUCGCUGCGGUCAAUCGAGGCAUGCACACGAUCCCAACACCCUCAGCUCAUCAUCUCACACACACACACACACACACACACAGUCUCUCCCUCCCUCAUCAUCCACAGGCGCGCGCAUCCUCCCCACACACACACACACACACACACACACACACACACACACACACACACUGGGCUUCUAAUUCAGGCAUGCUCUCUGGACGCUCGUAGCGGCUGUCAGACUGAACCGCGUCCAUCCCUGCGCGCUGACCUUGACUGGGUUUUCCUCCAGCACCUGAUCCAUCUUACGUCCAUCCCCAUGGCUUCCUCGGACGAAGCGGACCAGUGCGUCCUGCACAGGGGCAGAUCUCAAAGUGACCCCAACAUCCUCAGCGAGUCCGGCAUCGAUUCAGCGCGCGGCGCAGACGUGAUGGAGCAGCAGAGGGUGCUGCGCUCCAGCUGUCUGGUGAGUGGGGUGCACACCCCCCCCAUCCGCCGCCACAGCAAGCUGGCCACACUGGGGCGUCUAUUCCGGCCAUGGAAGUGGAGGAAAAAGAAAAACGAAAAGCUGAGGCAGAGCUCCACAGACGUGGCCCUAGCCUGUGGCCUUCACUCUCCAGAUCCCGGCUCUCCCAUUCAAGGUGUGUCAGAUGUGGACCUGAGACUGCCCGGCCCGCAGGGGCCCAUCCUCAGUAUCAGCAGCAUGGAGUACCUCAGCUCAGAACAUGACCAUCUGCCUCUGGUCCCUGAUUCUGUAGAAGACGGUGAGAUGACAGAAGGGCCUAACAGAGGUGAGGAAGAAGAAGAGGAGGACGAGGCUGGUCCAGCAGACGAUGCAGAAGAAGCAGAUAGUAAUGAGGAGGAGAGAGAAGACGACGAAGCGGAAGACCCUCAGAGACCGUCUCCUCCAAGCAACCACAGCAUUCUAGUCCCUCAGCUCAGCGCCGAGGAAGACCCAGGUAAAGUCGCCAUCACAGCUGUGCCUCAGUCAAACUCAUUCCUCCCUAAAGACGUGCCCAGAGUUCCCGAUGGCCCCAGUCCUGUGGUCCUGAGAGGCCCUUUCUCCAAUCCUGUAGGCUCACCUCAUAUAGGCACCAUGCGUCCUCCACUGCCCCCUAGCUGUAUCAUUGAGGAACUGCAUCGUGCCCUGGCAACAAAACUCCGACAGGACUGCAGUACGGAGCGGGAGCCCAGUGGAGAGGUGGAGAGCAGGAAAGAGGCAGAAGAAAAUAAGGAGAACGUGAGACAGACCCAUUGCUUCACCGAUGCCUCAGGAAUCAUAUACGACAUGGACAGCUGGAACGAGUCCGUCAUUUCUGGCACGCUGCCACGCCGAAUGAGGAAGGAGCUGUUGGCCGUAAAGCUGCGGAAUCGGCCCAGCAAACAGGAGCUGGAAGACAGAAACAUCUUCCCUGCACGCAGCGACCAGGAGAGACAAGAAAUCCGCCAGCAGAUCGAAAUGAAGCUCGCCAAGAGACUCAGUCAACGGCCGGCCGUUGAGGAGCUGGAGAGCAGAAAUAUCCUAAAACAGCGGAAUGACCAGACCGAGCAAGAAGAGAGAAGAGAAAUAAAACAGAGACUGAACAGAAAGCUCAACCAGAGGCCGACGGUUGACGAACUGAGAGACAGAAAGAUCCUGAUCCGCUUUAGUGACUAUGUGGAGGUGGCCAAAGCUCAGGAUUAUGACAGGAGAGCUGACAAACCUUGGACAAGACUGUCUGCAGCUGACAAGGCGGCCAUCCGGAAAGAGCUGAACGAGUUCAAAAGCACGGAGAUGGAGGUGCACGCUUCGAGCAAACACCUAACGAGGUUUCACAGGCCGUAGAAGGUGUUUUUCUUCUGUGAAGAAAAAAGUUAAAACUGACAUACAUGACGAAAUCCUGGAGAUGACGUCAUCCACAGGAUGUCCUUAUUCUUCCAGCAACCUGGUCUUGACCAGGGGGCGGUGGUAUUGCGGUUAAUGACGGAGGCUGUAAAGGCACAGCAGCUGUGGACACCUCCGCUCUGGGGCUGAAGAAGUGGAGCCACGAUGGAGGAUUUGUGUUUUCGAAACUGAGUUUUUAAGUGACUGCUGAGAGAUGUCUGAGUGAACGUUAAUGUGCAUGUGAGAAAGCUCCACUUUAAGUGAAGAAAGAAAAAAAAAAGUACUUCAAGGGUUGUGAGCCUAAGUCAGAGUGAGUUUCAUAUCAAGUGUACAAAAUUCAGUCCGAACAGGGUUGUUCAUGUCAUCAUUUGAGGGAAAAAAGAAGGGAAAAAACUUUGUAAGCAAGUUCGUCUGCAGAAUACGUUUAUAAAUUCUCUUUGUCUUAUUUUCAAUAUUUAGGGUCUCAAAGCCCUGACUCGGAAAAAGGCCACCAAUUUGCUUGGUAGAAUAAUAAAAUAUACCUGCAAUUUGUUUCCAGUUAUUGGUGACACAAUAGUCUGUCUGCUAACAGACGCAAUCAAAAUAUGAAUACCAAAUAGCUGCUUAAGGCAGAUCUAUUUGAGAGCUGCAGGGUGAUUAAGAAUGUUGAGCAAAUGGAUUAUCCAACCACCCAGAAACUAAUUGGGAAUCCAUCAGUGUCUUAAAGUAAAAGAUUACUUGUUUGUCAUUAUUUAUCAAGUCCAAUUUCUAUGAGAAAUGGUGGUCUGUGGUUGAGCAUGGGUUCUCUCUAGGAUUUAAAACGAGUGAGAAUAUUCUCCCGUAAUCAGAUUUAAAGGCUUUAAAGACUGCUAAUACUACAAUACGUAUAAAGUGUUAGGUUGUGCAUGUUCUGCCCAGGGGGAAAUAAAAAAAAAACCUUAAGCCUUUUUGAAGAGUAUCAGACAAAGAACUGAGUCUACAAUCGGCACCAAUUUUUCUGUAAUCCCAAAAUA